AUGGCGGGAUCUAUACCGUUCUAUCAGAAGAACCAUCGCCACUAUGACCGCGACUACCGUAGCAAGGAGACGGAGUCUAAGCUGAGCCAGUACCAGACCAGCAGCAGAUACUCUGCUGGCGGCCGCACCUCCAGCACCUCCAGCACCACCAGCAGGAGCGGGGGACUUAAAGUGACUUCAUAUUCUGGGCUGGAGGCGAGCAGACUAAGCCCCGUUCCCAAGGGAGUCAAGCCAACUUACUUGGCUGUGGAUAAAGAGAACCAAAUCAUCGGCUAUGUAGUGCCUAUCUUCAGGGGCAGUCUAGAGUUUUCGGACACAGAGGAAACGAGGGUGAGGGACACUGCUGCAUACAUGGCCCGCAGGGAUUUGUUCACCAGUGGCCUGGAGAUGGAGAGGUCAGAGCAGACCUCCAGGAGGGAGGCCAUCCGCGAGUCGGCGGAACGCAUCUCUCUGAAUAAAAGGAUCUAUGAACACGGGGAACACUUCAAGUGCAUGAACGAAGACAGCCUGAUGCACGCCCCGGAGUUUGUGAUCAAACCACGCUCCCACACCGUGUGGGAGAAGCAGUGUGUGCGGCUGCAUUGCACUCUCACCGGCUGGCCUGACCCCCGGGUCGUCUGGUACAAAAACAAUGUGCCAAUUGAGACUCUUUCCAAUGCUGGCAAGUAUAAACUCGAGAGCAGAUACAGCGUGCACUCACUGGAGAUUAACAGAUGUGAUUUUGAUGACACGGCGCAGUAUCGUGUCUCCGCCAUGAACUCCAAGGGAGAGCUGUCUGCAUUUGCCUCCGUCGUUGUCAAGAGGUUCAGAGGUGAACUCGAUGAGUCCUUGCCAUCACCCAGACGUAAGUAUGGCCCAGUGUCCGAGUACGGCAUCAACUUCCAGACUCACAUUGUUGAUAAAUUUGGUGUGUCGUUUGGAAGAGAGGGUGAGACCAUGAGUCUGGGAUGCACGGUCAUCAUUUACCCAGCCCUGCACCGCUACCAGCCCGAGAUCCAGUGGUACAGAGAUGAUGUUCUGCUGUCUCCCUCUAAAUGGAACCACAUGAGCUGGAGUGGAGACCGAGCCACGCUGACCCUCACGCACCUCAACAAGGAGGACGAGGGGCUCUACACCCUGCGUGUCACCACCAAGUCUGGAUAUGAAACCUACUCCGCCUACGUCUUUGUCAGAGAUGCUGAAGCCGAGGUUGAGAGCGCUCCGGGUGCCCCUCUGGACGUGCGCUGCCUGGAUGCCAACAAGGAUUACAUCAUUGUCACCUGGAAGCAGCCAGCGGUCGAUGGUGGCGACGCCAUCUUGGGCUACUUUGUGGACAGAUGUGAGGUCGGAACCACCCACUGGUUCCAGUGCAAUGACACUCCAGUUAAAUUUGCCCGUUUCCCCGUCACCGGCCUGGUGGAGGGACGCUCCUAUAUGUUCCGCGUGCGUGCCGUCAACCAGAGUGGCAUGAGCCGCCCGUCCCGAGUCUCUGAGCCGGUGGCUGCCAUGGACCCGGCUGACCGCGCCCGCAUGAGAGGUACCUCCGCUCCGUGGACCGGCCAAAUCAUUGUCACAGAGGAGGAGCCUGCAGAGGGCAUUGUUCCUGGCCGGCCUCUUGAGCUGCAGGUGACAGAAGCAACCAAGAACUAUGUGGUGCUGAGCUGGAAUCCACCUGGAGAGAAAGGCCUUGAGGGUGUCAUGUACUAUGUGGAAAAGUGUGUCUCGGGCACAGACAGCUGGCAGAGGGUGAACACAGAGAUCCCAGUCAAGUCUCCUCGCUUUGCGCUGUUUGAUCUCGCCGAGGGGAAAUCCUACAGCUUCCGCGUCCGCUGCUGCAACUCUGCCGGUGUGGGCGAGCCGUCCGACCCAACCGAGGCCACCACCGUUGGCGACAAGCUCGACAUCCCAUCGGCCCCAAGCAAAGUCGUCCCCACCAGAAACACAGACACGUCCGUCGUUGUGUCUUGGGAAGCGUCCAAGGAGGCCAAGGAGUUGGUGGGAUACUACAUCGAGGGGAGCAUUGUGGAUAGCAAUGUGUGGGAGCCGUGCAACAACAAACCAGUCAACGCCACCAGGUUCAUCUGCCAUGGUCUGAGGACGGGAGAGAAAUACAUAUUCAGGGUGAGGGCAGUGAACGCAGCAGGGCUCAGCCAGUUCUCCCCAGAGUCUGAGCCUGUGGAGGUGAAGGCUGCUAUUGGGGGCGGCAUCCCUCAUGCCUCCCCGGCUCCACCCUAUGGCAUCACCGUCCUGGAGUGUGUGUGUGACUCCAUGGUGCUGGCCUGGAAACAGCCGAGCUUCAUCGGCGGUGCUGACAUCACCGGCUACUUCGUGGACUAUCGUGAGGUCAUUGAUGGCGUUGCGGGGAAGUGGCACGAGGCCAACAUCAGGGCCAUCAGCGACCGGGCGUACAGGGUGUGUGACCUGAAGGAGAACAAGAAGUACCAGUUCCAGGUGCGGGCGGCCAACAUGGCAGGUGUCGGCAUCCCUUCACUGGCCAGUGACACUUUCCUGUGCGAGGAGUGGACCAUCGCCGUGCCAGGACCUCCUCAUGACCUGCAGAUAAGAGAGGUGCGAAGUGACUCUCUGGUGUUGCUAUGGAAACCACCCGUGUACCAGGGCCGCGAUCCGGUCAACGGUUUCUACAUCGACAUCAAGGAAGCGGGCGCCCCAGAGGAGGCGUGGAGAGGAGUCAACACCAAGGCCACGGAGAAGGCGUUCAUCAAGGUCGCCAAUCUGAAGGCAGGAGAGACGUUUGUGUUCCGAGUGCGCGCUCAGAAUAAAGCCGGCGUGGGACAAACCUCCGCCGUGACGGAGCCGGUCGUAGCUCUCACCAAAGCAGGCACCAAGGACAUCGUCGUGGAUGUCGACGACAACGGCAACAUCUCCAUGAACUUUGAGUGCUGCGACAUGACGCCCGACUCCAAAUUCGUGUGGUCCAAGAAUUACGAGGACAUCACGGAUCCAUCCCGUCUGACUUUGGAGACCAAGGGAAACAAAUCCAAAGCCGUUUUCAACACUCCUGAGGAGGAAGACGUUGGAAUUUACUCAUGUCUUGUCACCCACACCGAUGGGGCUUCAUCCAGCUACACUCUCUCGGAAGAAGAGUUGAAGAGGCUGCUGGAGGUCAGUCAUGACCACAAGUUCCCCAUUAUUCCCCUGAAGUCAGCGUUGGCUGUGGAGCUGCUGGAGAAGGGCAAAGUUCGCUUUUGGCUGCAGGCGGACAAGAUGUCAGCUAACGGCAAAGUCGACUACAUCUUCAACGACAACGCUCUCUCUCCGGGGGAUAAAUACAAGAUGAACUUUGACAAGAACACCGGCGUGAUUGAGAUGAUCAUGGACUCUCUGACUCCGGCAGAUGAGGGCACCUUCACCUUCCAGCUGCAGGAUGGGAAAGCUACCAACCAGUCCAGCUUGGUGCUCAUAGGAGACGUGUUCAAGGAGCUGCAGAAGGAAUCAGAGUUCCAGAUGAAAGAAUGGGUCAGAAAGCAAGGUCCUCACUUUAUCGAGUAUUUGGGUUACGAGGUGACUCAAGAGUGCUGCGUUAUACUGAAGUGCAAGGUUGGAAACAUGAAGAAGGAGACCUCGGCGCUGUGGUACAAAGACGGACACCAGAUCAAAGCAGACGAGAGCCUUGGCUUCACCGAGGGAGUCCUGAAACUGGAAAUUGCUCAGAUUUCCAAGAAGGACUCUGGUGUGUAUGAGGUCGUCCUGAAGGACGACAGAGGGAAGGACACGUCCAAGUUAAAUCUGACAGAUCAAGGUUUCAAGGACUUGAUGAAUGAAGUCUUCAGUUUCAUCGCCAAUUCCUCCACUCCACUGAAGAUCACGAGCACAGACGAGGGCAUCCGACUCUACACCUUCGUCAACUACUACAACGAUUUGCUCCAAGUGACGUGGCACUAUAAGGAUUCGGCCGUCUCCUUCUCCGACCGUAUAAAGAGCGGCGUGGUGGGAGAGCAGCUGUGGCUGCAGAUCACAGAGCCCACAGAGAAAGACACGGGCAAAUAUGCCAUUGAGUUCAACGAUGGAAAGGGGGGCCUGAGGAGGACUGUUGAGCUGUCUGGUCAAGCAUUUGACGAUGCUUUUGCAGAGUUCAAGAGACUGCAAGCUACUGCUAUUGCUGAGAGAAGCCGUGCUCGAGUAGCAGGAGGCCUGCCUGAUGUGGUCACGAUACAGGAGGGCAAGGCUCUCAAUCUCACCUGCAACAUCUCGGGCGACCCUCUGCCAGAGGUCACCUGGCUGAAGAACGACAGGGAGAUCACGUCCGACGACCACUGCAUCCUGAAGUUCGCCUCAGGCAAGUUCGCCAGCUUCACCAUCACCGCGGUGAACUCGUCGGACUCUGGCAAGUACAGCAUCCUGGUGAAGAACAAGUACGGCACAGAGAGCGGGGACUUCACUCUGGAGGUCACAGACGGGACGCCUGACUUGGGGGUGACUUCAUACUCGACCGAUGCGGACGGAAAUGUGGUGUUUGGACCGAACACCCCGAAGGAAAAGAGGAAAACCACAGUCACUGGAACGAAAAAGCAGAAGGGGAAGGAAUCUGUAACUAAGACUCUUUCGAUGGAAAAGAUUGAAGAGAAAGAUCGGGAGAAGGUUGCAGUUGAACCCGAAGUUUCAGAUUCAGAGCAAACAAAAGAUGCUCAAGAAGAAACUGCUGACCAGCCUUUGACUGCUGACCAAUCAGAAGCCUCCGAGCUGCAGAGAAGCCUGGACCAGUAGCUGAAACACGGCCAGAAACACGUGAAUACUGGACAAAAGUAUUGAUUAUACUCA